AUGGUUGAUGCGAUGCCGAUUCGUGCCCCAACGGAGAUGAGGAUGCUUGGUGCGAUGAUCAUGAUGAGGGCUCCACCACCCGAUCCUGCUCACUCCACCACGGCCUCUCUCUCCUCACUCGCCUGCGGGAGCUUUCCCUCUGGUGCGACAGCUUCUCUCAAGAGCACCUUCCCCGCUUGCCCCGCCUCCGCUGCCUCCGCAUGCAAAGCUACAAUUGUGAGACCGGACAUGACCAGGCUGAUGGCUGCUGUGGCGCACUCUUUGGAGCAGCUGCACAUUGAUUUUGACUAUGCCACUCUCUGCAGCAGAGGAAGCACCACAGGGUUGAGCUUCCGGAAGCUCAAGCUGCUACACCUGGAGUUAGUCUGCCCGUGCGAUUCUCGGGUGGACUUGGCACUCUUCCCAGCCCUAGAACACAUGGUACUGGCAGGCCAAGUCAAUGUGUACUGGGAGGUGGAGAGCGGUUUCUUGUCUAACCUCCGCUUCCUGCAAUUAGGCUCUGUUAGUCUGCCUAAAGACCCUGGUGACCGAGAGCAUGAGCUGAUGCAGCUCACGGCGCUCACCACUCUCAUUGUGGACAAUGCAGACUACCGGGAUUUCCUUGCCGCCCUCUCCUGCUUCUCCUCCCUGCGCACCCUCCGCCUCUCCAACAUCACCCGAGGCUGCUCUGAGCCCUACCUCUCCUGCCCACCUCUCCUCUCCACACUUCAGAUCUGCUUCUCCGACCUGCCUCGCCUCCCGCCCUCACUCGCUCAAUUCUCCCGCUCACUCGCCUCGACCUGCUGCACUGGCGCCGCCUGCACUCUCUCCCGCCCUUCCUCUCGUCCUUCUCGUCGCUGCGCCACUUGA